AUGUAGACUGUCCGCCAGCGACAUUCUGACGUUUUACUCUUCAAUGGCUGUUCUUCUUAUGGUUGCCUAUUGGGCCAAUAUAGUCCCGUAAAAGGCGUCAAACUUACUCAUUGUACGUUCUGGUUGUCGAUCAAAGUAAAUUACAGUGCCGAAGGAAACCAUCAGGGCGUUCGCCUGUAAAAUACAAAAGCUGUGAUUGGAGGUAGCCUCUGUCAAAAGGACAUUUUCGCCAUUAUCAUUGGAUAAAAUUUCAGUCAGUUGGUAUUUUGGGAUUUUGAUUGGAGGAAUCUGUCUGUAGGCGGUAAUGUUACCCUGCGGUCACUGAAGCGCAGUACGGGAGGGCGGAUCAUCAUCGUGGUGGCAGCUACACUCGGAGACUCCCGACAAACUGUCAAAAAUAUUCAGCAAACGAACCAUGGCAGAGCUGGACCUGAGCCUGAGCGAUGCUCUGAUGGACAGUGUGCCCCAGGCUGGCCCGGAGGACCUGGUGGAGAGGGACUUUGUGGCCCAGCUGGAGGCCGAGGCCUUUGACGACCAGGUGGGCGAGACUGUGGGCAAGACGGACUACAUCCCCCUGCUGGACAAUGACGGGAACAGGGCAGAUGCCGACUCUGUGUUGGAGAAUGGCGAGCAGGACGCCCAAGGGGCACAAAAACCUGUUACUGCAGGUUCUAAAGUGACACCUGGGGGACAGACAGCAGCGUCACGCCCAGAACCACAGGGGGAAGUGCGUACCAAUUCAUCAGAGCAGCAAGUCUUUGCAGCCCUCUCAGGCUCCAUGGCAGGCUUCCCUGAUCAUUGGAGCUCCCAGACCAACAACCCGCCCCAGAUGAUGGACAGUGGACUGAUGGGAGAUUCUUCAGGUUUCUCCCAGCCUGCUAUGGGGACGGAGAUGGGGAUAGCUCCACUAUCGACAGAGAGGCCUCCCAGCAUCGCAGAGCCCCAGAAGCCCCCACCUCAGGCAGCCAACACACUCAAGGACAUGUCUGCAGGUGCCCUGGGCGAUGGCUGGCCAGACGAGGCUUGCAUUCCCACCGACCUGCCAUUCACCCAAAGCGUCUCCACAGUGAUCAGUCGCCAUGCCAGCCACCUGGCGGCCAGCCCCGAGGACCGCCCUGACUCUGGCUGGCCCCUCCGAGAGGCCUCGGCGGUGGGGGAGGAGAGGGAAAGCAACGAAGGAAACGACCGCAAACAACAGCAGAAGAAGAAGAAGAAAAGGAGGCCCCGGGAUGAUGUGUACGACCUGGUAGAGAACAGGGACCACCCGGAGGCUCAGGCUGAAAACACACCCCUGUCAGAGGGCCACCACAGAGUCUCCCCCCGCAAGGACAGGGACAGGAUGGAUGGAGGCUGGGAGCGCGAAGAGCCAGGGAGAAGUGGAGGCAGGGGAAAGAGGGGCAAGAGCAGGAAGAAGCUUCCAGAAGAGUGGGGAGUCACAGCUGAGCCCUUCGUGCCCUCUUCUGCCUCCUCUGCCAAUGACCUCCCUGAAGGGGUGUUAGACCAACUAGUGCCCCCCAUCACCCAUUCCCAGCCCCUGGAGAACCCCUACUCCAACAAGGGGCUGAGUCCUGCCAGUGAGGAGUUCUACGGGGGCCUCUUCCCUCCAUCUCUCACCCAGGACCUGCUCUCUCUCACAGCUCCCACCUCCCCUCCACCGGCCUUGGGCUGUGAGCUCCUGCCUACCGCCCCUGUCUCCAUGCCCACCAGUCAGGGAGACUUCUCGCCCAAGAACACCUUCCCUAUGGCCUCAUGUCCAGGAGACCCAUUCACUGCUAGCUACCAAGACCUGCUAAUGGAUACAGAGAACGCUAGCAUGGGCAAUGCCAAAGAGGCUUUCUCCACAACCUUUCCCCUAGAUUCCCCAGUUCAUGAGUCGGGUGUCAAGGUGGUGUUUGAUCAUGACACCCCCAUGCACGAUGUCCAUAUGAAAAAUGCCUUAAGUUUAAGCCUCACCCGCCAACCAGAUCGUGGCCUGCCCCCAUUGGAGAAGUUCAGUGAGCUCACAGCGACCGCUCCCCCUUUCUCCCCCUCCGACAGCUCCUGGCUCAUCAAUGACUCCAACUUCAACAACGACUCCUUUGAGUUCAGUGACAUCACUCCAGGGCGCCCACUACCGCUUGGCCUAGCCUUCGACACACCCAGCCCAGCCCCCCUCCGCUCCCCCAAAACCAUACCCGAAUAUCACCCCAGGGAGGGCAAAUCCCCAUCACAGAAUAUACCCACGAAGUCCCCCUCCUCCUCUUCCACCAAAAGCCCCACCUCCCCGGGGUCUGGUCUGAACCCCGCUGCCAAGCCCUUCUUCCCCAGCUUUGCCGAACUCACGGAGCCCCUGGUGGUGGUGGCCCCCAUGUCUGAAGUCAAAUCAGAGAAGAUGGACAAACCAGAGAAAGAGGAGACGAUGGACCACUUUGAGAAGUUGAACCAAUUUGACAUGUUGGAUAAGCUCGAUAAAGUGGAGAAGAAGGAUUCGACUGGGAAGACUGAGGCGUCAGUGAAGGUGGCGUAUGCAGGACCACUGGACAAAGGAGAGAAGAUGGGUCAAAUGGACAAGGCAGAGAAAACGGAAAAGCUGGAGCCGGCAGAAAAGGUAGACAAAGAAGAAAAAACAGAGAAGGUGGAUAAAAUGGAUAAGGGCGACAACACAGACAAGGUAGAGAAAACUGACAAAGUAGAGAAGAUGGACAAGGUUGAAAAGCCUGAGGAGACAGAACAGAAUAUUGAAAAAAUGGAGAAGACCCCAGAGAAACCGGAGGCAGAGGUGAAGUUGGACACAUUUGAUAAGAUGGAAACACAGCCUGGCAAGAUGGAAACACAGCCUGGCAAGAUGGAAACACAGCCUGGCAAGAUGGAAACACAGCCUGGCAAGAUGGAAACACAGCCUGGCAAGAUGGAAACACAGCCUGGCAAGAUGGAAACACAGCCUGGCAAGAUGGAAACACAGCCUGGCAAGAUGGAAACACAGCCUGGCAAGAUGGAAACACAGCCUGGCAAGAUGGAAACACAGCCUGACAAGAUGGAAACACAGCCUGACAAGAUGGAAACACAGCCUGACAAGAUGGAAACACAGCCUGACAAGAUGGAAACACCGCCUGACAAGAUGGAAACACAGCCUGACAAGGAGAAGACAGAUCAUGUUGGAAAGGUAACAGUAACAGGUGAGAAAGUAACAGAAAAUGUUGAGAAGCCCAAAGACAACGUUGAGAAGGAGGAUAAGAAGCCAGAGCUGGCUCAGAAAUUAAACAAGCAGGUUAAGGUGGAGAAAUCGGAGAAAAAAGAGCUGAAAAGUCCUGAGAAAAAGACGGACAAGAAAUCAGAGACCGCUGAUAAGGCCAAAAAACCUGCAAGUAAACCCUCGACCAAUGGGAGCAGUGCCGCACCAAGCAAGGACCUGCCCAGUCCAGACAAGAAGACCAAGCCUGUCGCCGGGGCAACCAAACUGAGCGCCGCUAAGCCACGGCCGAGCUCGGCAGCAUCCACUGGUGCUGCCGCCCCCAAACGCCCCACCCCUUCCUCCACCUCCACCACCACCUCAGCCACCCUCCUCAACAAAAAAACGCCCGUGCCCAAGGCCCCUACUCCCACUGCUGGCCCCAAGCGGCCUUCGUCCACAGUCAGCCGACCCACAUCCGCAGCCACCACCUCCACCACUGAGCCACGUGAGGUCAAGCCCAAGACGACCACAGAGAGGCGUCCUCUAGUGCCAAAGGCCACCGCCGCCUCCACGGCUCGAACUGCUGCCCCCAAAAACGGCACUGCCACCACGGCAACCAGUAAACCAGCCACGGCGACCCGCACUCCCAUUGCAUCCCGCACUGCCGGCAGCGUACCCGCAACCAGACGCCCUCUGGCAUCAAAGACUGACAGCAAGCCAGGAGAGGACAAGAAGCCCAGCACUCUGAAGUCAACAACAGCAGACUCCACCCGGCCCCGGACCAGCACCACCCGCAGCUCUAUAGCUAGCACCACCAGCGCCGCCCCCCGUGUCCGCCCCUCCACCACCAAACCUGCCCCCUCCUCCUCCUCCACAGUAUCAGAGAAGAAGCCGGCUGUGCCCCGCGUCCCCCGUCCCACCUCCACCACCACCACGGGUAGUGCCAACGCCACGCGUACCACCUCCCGCCCAGGCACAGCCCCCGCACCAGACAUUCGCAAUGUGCGCUCCAAGAUCGGCUCCACGGACAACAUGAAGUACCAGCCCGGAGGGGGGAAGGUCUCUGGCAGGAGCGACGCCCUGGCCAAAGGCUCCUCCUCCAAAGAGACCAGCGAGGCCAAAGUUCAGAUAGUCUCCAAAAAGCUGGACUUCAGCCACGUCACCUCACGCUUGGGUUCCAAGGACAAUAUCAAGCAUGUUCCUGGUGGAGGGAAGGUACAGAUACUCAACAAGAAGGUGGAUCUAAGCAAAGUGACAUCGAAGUGUGGCUCCAAGGCCAACAUCAAACACAAGCCUGGGGGCGGCGAUGUGAAGAUCGAGUCCCAGAAAGUGAACAACAAGGAUCAGGCUAAAUCCAAAGUGGGCUCAAUGGACAACCUCUGUCAUGAGCCCGGUGGUGGCAACAUCAAGGCUGAGGGAGCCGAGAAGACGGCAGAGGAAAAUGGGGCUCCCUCCAGUGAUGCCUCAGCCAAGGUGCCAGGGCAGGCAAGCAGCCCCGCCCAGGAGAAUGGGGUGAAGGAGGGUGCCCCCUGCGGAAGCCAGGGCAUCCAUGACCCCCAGGGCUUUGACUCGCGCAUCCCUGAGACAAGCUUCUAAUUCUUCUUUGUGCUAUCCAUCUACCCCCUUCAUCUUAACCCCCUCAACAUCUCCUAUGUCCCCCACUCCUCUCUCCUUCUCUCCUCUUUUCCAUUCUUUCUGUCCCAUUUACACACUUCCUGCUGCAGAUUGAGUCUUUCAAGCUCAACUUCCGCGAGAACGCCCGCUCUCGCACGGACCACGGCGCCGACAUCAUAACCUGGCCAGCCCCGGGAGACAGCCCCUCACACCCACAACGCAGCGUCUCUCUCAACGACUCCCUGACUUCUGCUGGCUACCCCCGCUGCCCCCUCCCUCCUCCCCCCACUGGGACAGGGGGGCAACGGCACGCUAGCAGGACUCAGGUCAUGACCCUCAAUCCCACAUCCAAACACCUCACCCAUGUAUCAUUCUCUUACUACGCCUGAACCUGCGCUUACCUACCUACCGCUGUCCUGUGUUCCCAUUGGAUGAGCUGACAUUGUACAUACAGUAGACCAAGCUUCAAGCAGGUUGGGAUAACAUUGGGAGGGGAACGGAGGCUUGCCAUGUUAACUGUGAAGUCUAAUUCAUGUUUCCUUACCUCUCCAAGAGCAUAAUAUGGCAGUUGCAGCGUACAGUAGCAAAAAUCAGUCUUAUCCAGUAUUACAGUACGUCCUAGUGCCGUUUUAGUGAGAGUAAUCUACCAGGCAUCGCCAGCCCUGAACACACCUGUUUGGUUCACAUAGACACCCCCAAUGGGAAACCUUCCUAGACUCACCUGUGGGUUAUGUACGCAGACUAAUAUGUGUGUAGAGCCCUUUUACUUGUCAGCAUGUAGGGCUGUGGUGUGUUCCCAAUAACCAUUGAUUAAUUGACUCACUAUUCACCAACCAUCGACUCAUUCACUCACUGCCUCACCUCCCUCCUCUCUCAUAUCCAUGUACCCAGAGUCCAGACCCCUCUUUUUCACUGUCCAAGGGUUAAAUACCUUUUGUUUUUAAAGAGCACUCACAAAAUAUUAGUAAACUAGUAGACUGUACUUGAACAGUAGGCUAUUUAACUCUCUUUUAAACGGUGUGUUUGUGAUGGUGUGUUUGAUUGAAUAAUACUGUAACAAUGAGCUGUGGCGUUCUGUUCUGUUUACUUUUACAUUAGUUUAUUUUCCUCAUCAGCUUAGUUUUAAGGUUUGUUUCAUUGUUUUCUUCUUUCGUUUUAUUUCUCGUGUAAGAAAUACGGUGGAUGGUCUCUUUACCAACAGGGCUCAGAAAUCCUCUUGAAUACACACACAUAUAUUUUUCUCGAAACAAAGGCACACAGUCAUGAAGAUGCGACUCCGUUUAGGGCGUUGAGACUGAGAAAGCAUGUCAGGGGUGUGACGAGGGAGACAAAGACAGAUCAAAAGGGAGACAGCGAACACUGAGGCGUAGUGACGUAAAGACGUGUCCUCUUCAGUGUGUUAAGACAACAAUGUGAUGUGUCAGAAUAGUGCUGUCUAGGAAAACUCCAGAGGGUAAUAGAAUGUUAAGAUGAAUUAUGUGAAGGAAAGUGUCUUGGAGGUUGGUGGAGCGAUGUGUCUUGUACUGUACGUGCCUCCUGUCCUGCUUACCUGAAACUGGGAUGGGACUCGGGCUGGAAGCUCAAGCUGAUGGACCCUUGUCCCUGGAGUGACACAGACAGACAGAAUGUCAUAGUUGAAAAUGAAACCGCAUGGUGGCACUGUAGUUUGAUUAGGAUUUAGAAUAAUCGUAUUUUGUGACCAGUCCUGCUUGUUGUCCCAUUUCAGCUGUUUUCUGAGGGUUCUGGUAAAGUGUUAUUGACAGUAAUAAGAGGACUUGCUGAAGGACUUGUUGGAACAUUAUUAGAGGUUCUGCUGAAGGACUUAUUUUUGUCAGGCUGUUGGCAGUGGAACAUUCAAUGUGGCUUAUUUUACUUGUAGCAAUGUAUCCAACAAUUGCCUCCAAUUGCCUUUUUCGUGCAUGGCCAGGUAAUAUCAUGCCCAGAGCAGAAAGCCUAUGUGCAUUAUGACUUGCAGUGUUGUGGUUCAGUAUAUUUGUCCUUGGGGGAAAUAGUCGGUGUUGUAUCUUCUUUUUUUUAACAGUGGGCAGGAAGAAAAUUGGGGGCUGUCAAUUUGAUUCUAAAUUCUAUUGCAGUUUGGUAUAUUAUAUAAUUCAGCUAUAAAAUCGUCAUGUUUUUUAAAUGUGUUGAGCUCAAAAUAAGGACAGUACACCAGGUACUCUUUUUGAGGAAUUAUUCCCCCCCCCCCCCCUAGAUAUGGAAACUAUUAAAAUGACCUUAAAUUCUUGAAUAUAUUAAAGAGGGUGUGUAAUGGUAAUGUGUAUUUGAUGAAAGGUAAAGCUGUCUCUCCACACACUGAUUUACUCCCAUAUUGUUCCUAGGAUAUCCAUGAAAUAUUGUUUAAAAGACAUCGUGAUUAAUUUAAUUUAAAAACAUAAUUACAAUCUAUUGAGAUGUGUGGAAUAGGCCUAAUACCCAGAGCCAAAAAAAAAGUCAAUUUAAAUGUUUUAAGAAAAUGGUCAAUACAUUUUAUUGUUAUCAACAAGAUGUUAUUUUAAAAUUGGAGAGGUUUGUAGAUAUUGAUAUUUGAGCGGUUUUGUAGUACAGCAGUGAUUGUUGUAAGAGGAACGGCUGCUGAGGUGGAUCGUAGUAUCGCCUCUGAUCCUCAUCUGAUAGAGAAAUUUCAAUAUUACCACUGAUCCUGACUUACCACACUCACUGGUAUGUUCUCUCUGAGAUUGCACACGGUUGUAUAUAAAUAGAUAUUUUACUGUUUUAUACACUUUCGCCACAGGAAAAAAAAUAAUAAUAUGAAAACAACAAUGAUGGUAAUAAGGAUGUUACGUACAGCUUUUAUGUUAAUAUGUCUUUAACAGUUUUAAUGGUAAGGGGUAUCAUUAUUGUUAUUGAGCAAGUCUGCCUUUUUUCCAAGAAAAGGGCUGCUGAAGUGAAAGAAUGUUAUAGAGAUAUAAUGUUCUAUAGAUGCAACACUUUUGUAUUUAUCUUGUGUUCCCAUAGCGACAUGGUGGUUGGGUCAGUGGGGAGUGUUUGAGGGGUUAUACACAUGGGAGGCAUAAUGAGGUCUGGUCCAGUUUGUGGAUUGCUGUCUAUUGAGCAGUGUUUAUUUCACAAAUUGUAAGAGUUUUGUUAACUUUCACAUAACCUUUGUCCAUCCCCACAACCCCAGUCUUAAGAAAUGAAAAUACUCUUAUUUACAGGUAGACCUUCAGAUGUGAUUUUGACAUUGUAGGAUACAGUGACCUUCUUGUGUUGAUUUGAAAACAAGAUACGUGCAACAUGGAAGGGAUUGAAACUAAUGUGUAGAAUUGCACUGUAUAACAUGCCAUUGUGGUGCAGGGCUUCCUGUUAAAGCAGGAAGUGGGAUUAGAAGUCAGGUCAUAUCUGUCAUUUAGGAAUAUUGUUGCCCUUGCCCUACACGCACGCACACACAGAAACACACACACACACUCUGUCCUGGAGUGUCAUGGAGACGUCCGCGCCCUAACACACCCUUAUGUAAGGCUAACAGUAGCUGUCAGGUUUGGCUUGUGUUACUUAGAGCUCUCCAGUAAUGCUACAAUGAGCUCCAUAGAUCUGCUUCUUCCGCUAGCGCACACCCAAUGUGCAAGUGUACUCAUAGAAAACACCUAUUUAAGAGCAUGCAGAAACAAAUGGAAUGUGUUCCGUAGACUUAUGUCAUUCGCAGAAUUUGUCAUUUGCAGAAUUUGUUUUUUUGUUUUUCAUUCAUUUUGAAUUGACAUUUUUGGUUUGAAAGAAGUGUUUAUUGUGAUUAAUUGUUAAUUAGUGAUGUGAUUAUUAAACAUUAAAAAACAAAAUGUUUAAGA